UGUGCGGUUUAGAAAUAAAGAAAGGAGGAAAGAUUGUGACAUCAUCAGAGGAGGGUCGACAGCAGUGCUGACUCUGAUGUUGAUCAGGAUAAAAAUCACAGCUUUAAGCGACAUCCACCAGAGAACCAGAGAAGAAGAAGACAACAGUGAACACAGACAGUUUAAAUCCGUACGCCGGCGUCCUAACCCUAGACAGACACGCUAGAUACAAGUACUGUCUCACCUGCAAGUUACAGCUCCUGACCUGAACCUCCAGCAGAGCCCGAGGAGCCUUCAAACCUUGAAUCGUGAAGAGCAGCAAACGCUCAAGUCUGAAAGAUCUGCAAAGAGACCGGAUCUGAAGAAGAACCAAAAAGGACAAGAAGGACGUCUAAAGUAAAACAAGAAGCAGAAGAGUCCAGCAGUUCGAGCCGUCAGCAUGUUGUCAACAUCAAACUCCUCCAAAGUGACGGCUGCCUGUGUCGUGGCGAUGAUGACGAUGGUGACCAUGAUGGCGACGGUGGCGACAGCCAUGCCGAAACACUCAAAGACACACAAGAAGUCUGAUGGUGCGGCCGUGGAAACGGUCCCCCUGCAGAUGGACCCCAACUCGUUGGCUGUAAAAAGACACUUCAGACCGCUUGCGAACGCCUCCACCUCCCCGUGGACGUACAACAUCUCCCGCGAUGACUCCCUGUACCCUUCGGUGCUGUCGGAGGCUCGCUGCUUGCUGCAAGGCUGCCUGAACUCGGAGGGCCUGGAGGACCGGAACCUGGAGUCCAGACCCAUCAUGCACCAGGUGCUGCUGCUGCGGCGGGUCAGGUCAGCGGGGGCGGAGCACAGCUACCACUACAGGCUGGAGUCCCGCCUCAUCGCAGUGGGCUGCACCUGCGUCCGGCCCAUAGUCCAACAGCAACAGUGAAGACCGGCAGAGACCAGAUCAGCUCCCGGGUCAGCCUGACACGAGCAGAAGCUUCAGACCAAUGCCAACCAAAUUUAUGUUGUAACACUGACUUAAAAUCAAAAUUAGGCUUUUGUUUAUAUUCUACUUAACAUUUAAUUAGUACAGACCACUACUUUCUAUCUCCUUAGUAUUAAUUUAUGUAUUGAAAUUAAGUGAUAAAAUCUCAUAGUUGUAACAGCUGAAG